CCGAAAUCGAUCUUCGACCAAACAAAGAAAAAAAGCAAAACGAUCUACGAUCGAAAUCGAUCUUCGACCCCCUGUGCCCCGCACAGAUUUUCUUACAAAACUCUUGCGCUCCUGUAACUAAAACUAUUCAAACUUAACUUUUACUGAAACCAGAACCGCUUUUAAUCGUCAAGUUUGAAUUUUUUGUCGAGUCACGAAAUAGCGAAUCAAUACCAAACGAUAGCAAAAAAUCGAACGUUGGCCCUGAAGUCCUGAAUAAACAAGCUAUCCAGAAGCUGCUGCUCUCGUCGAACAAGCAACGACUAGCCGACCACAGCGAGGAGGGUCCAGCAAGAAGCUUGGACUUUUUAUCCAGAAGUCGCCGAUUAAUUAACGUGGGUGGACCACAAGGACACGGACAGAACACAAGCUAGAAGAAGACAAAUAACAAGCCGACUUCCGCUUAAUACAUAUCGUUCGUUCAGUUCCUACUUCGCGUCGGCGAGAAGGGAGAUGAUGGGGUGCCCGGGAAGUAAAAAAAUCAAAAUGCGAACGCCGCUGGUCAAAAUCGUAGCGGCGGUGGCCGUUGUCGUUGUGAAAAAUUUUUUCCCGUUCGAGCUGAAGGUCGAAGCUCGGUUGCCCCCUCCCGAUAGUGCAGCUCCUUUCCACCGGACACCUCCGAUCGCCGAAAGAAGUACGAGGAGGCCUCCGUCGGAGGCAGAGCAAACUAGUACACGUCAAAAAGGGUUGGCGACGCGUUUUGAGUUGUGGAGCGCAAUUGCCAAAAGGAAAAGCAUUACGACGAGAAGUAGCAAAAAGCAAGUCAAUGCCUGCGACUUGGAGGAAUUCCGUUUGUUAGCGAAAAUCCCUGCAAUAGUAGAUUCAGUGAAGAGUGUUUUUGGGGUCGAUUCCCCGUUGGUGAAGGAGAUCGAGACAGCGCGCAAGGAUUUGACGGAGGCGAUCAAGCAAAAGCGAACGGAGCUGGUGAGCGCCGGCGUCGCAGUCAACCCGGAGAAGUACGACGAGCACCGCACAAAGCUGGCAGAAAAAGACAUCCCCGGAGCCUUUCGGAACUUUCUGAACGGGAAGCCGGCUUCCACCCGGCAGGUCAAAGGUGUUGCAGCAGAUCAGCCUCCUGCUGCAAUUGCAAUCUCGUCCUCGGGUGAUGACCCUCAACCUCAAGAAAAAAAAACACAUGACUGGUCGGAAAAUGAACUUCACCUCUUGAGAGCGAUGAAGUCUCACUUGGAUCCCAAAAAAACUCGCAUUGAUCCAUCACUUCUUCCGCCUUUCGCACCGGAUGGUUGUACUCCGGAUCAGGAUAGUGCUCCUUUACUGAAACUUCCGACCGUGUCGGAGGCAGAGAAAACUCGUAGAUUUGCGCGUAUGCAAUUGGAGUGGGGGCUUCGGCAGUUGAGGAGCGCAAUUGAAAAAAGAUACAGCAUUACGACGGGAAGUAGCAAAGAGCAAGUGCUUGCCUGCGACAGGGAGGAACUCGAUUUGUUACCGAAAAUCCCUGCACUAGUAAGGACAGCGGAGAGUGUUGGGGUCGAUGCCUCGUUGGUGGAUACGAUCAAGAUAACGCGCGACCACUUGGUCGAGGCGCGAGUGCAGUCGGAGUCGCAGUUGGUCGAGGCCGCGCGAGUGCGUUUUCACCGGUCGGUGGUGGAGGCCGACGUUGCAGUCGAACCCUCCGGGUACUUCCGCCGCCGCAAAAAGGAGCUGGCUGAGAUGGAGGAGGCGCGUCGUCGGCGAGAAAAUCUUAUCCAAGCCCCCGAAAACCGCCCCCGCCGCCGCGAAGAGCAAGACGUCGCCGCGGCAGGGACGGCCGGACGAGGACGCCGCCAAGCGGGGGCUUUCGGAAGCGUUGUGGCUGGUGUCCAACGGGCGGCAGCACUAGCUUUUGGCGGGAACAGGUUUUUGCUGGACAUGUAGUUCUAAAGGCUAUAAAAUCUGUGCGCGGCCUGCAGCACUCCUACCUACCCCAACAGUGCGCAGUUUUUUCUUUUCCGAAAAUUUUUCUUAUACCAUAAUUAUUUCCAAGGCUGCAGCCAAGUUGAAGAGAGUUGAGUAGUUUCGAUAUUCGGACACCUUUUGAUGUUAGUGUGCGACGAUAAGCCAUGUGCGACGCUGCAGUGAAAAACCCUCGAGAUGCAGCUUGAAACGAACUCGAACCCAAACCUCCGCACGCCCUCCCCUAGUGCAGGAUAAAUGAUGAUGAUGAUGAUGAUGAUGAUACUUGCGACACAAAUUAUAAGUAUAACGGAGCAAACGCAAAUCCACAGUAGGUGUCGUGUCGAUGAAGCUUCAACAUGUUAGCCGAGCACUGUGCUGUCCCGGGGAUGAAGAACUACCGAAGGGUAGCCGCGUUUUUGUUCCUGCAAC